GUGGUUGACACAAAAUUAGACAUUGGAUACAAAUGUACUUUUAGAAAUGUAGAAAUUAAUAUUUCUAUAAACUUAUGCUGGCUUAGACACAUGAUACAUUAGGAAACCUGUUAUGGAUUGUUUGAUGACUGACCUCAAAAGUUUACUCAUUAGAUACAACUUUUGUAUUACAAUAUGAAGUUUGAAACAGAUUGUUAUAUUAUCAAUUUAGCUACAGUUGGGUGUUGUAUUUAUUGUAGCUUUUGAAAUGAUGAAGUCACCACCAAAUUACCAUAGUUCCCAGAGAACAAGUAUGCUCUGUAUAUUCAAUCUGCUGCAGAGAACUUAUCCAUCAGAUGUUAGAUAUACAGUUGUACUAGAGUGUGGAACUAGCAGUAUUUUCAGUCUGAUACAGUAUCCCUGGUUAGAUAUACAGUUGUACGGAUAGUGUAGAACUAACAGUAUUUUCAGUCUGAUACAAUAUCCCUGGUUAGACAUACAGUUGUACGAUAGUGUAGAACUAACAGUAUUUUCAGUCUGAUACAGUAUCCCUGGUUAGAUACACAGUUGUACUAGAGUGUGGAACUAACAGUAUUUUCAGUCUGAUACAGUAUCCCUGGUUAGAUACACAGUUGUACUAGAGUGUGGAACUAACAGUAUUUUCAGUCUGAUACAGUAUCCCUGGUUAGACAUACAGUUGUACUAGAGUGUGGAACUAAUAGUAUUUUCAUUCUGGUACAGUAUCCCAAGUAUUGCAGCAUUGAUCAUUCAAAUUUAAAAUCUUAAGUUGCAUAUUCUAUGUUACACCCAUAGAAGAUUCAAAGUUCCUAAAUGAUAUUCGUGAAACUAAUACAAAAUUGAUGCAUAAAAUACCUACAACAGUGAACAUGGAAAAAAAAAGAAAACCAAUUACAAAACUUUUGGUUUUAAGCCUUCUUCAGAGAAAAGCAACCCAAAGAGAAUGUGCUGUUAAACAGAAACACACACAAGGACAUAUGAAGAGUAUAUAAUAAACAACAAUGCAAGCACAACAGGUGAACAGAAAGAAAGAAAAUUAGCCUUGUGAUUAGGACCCUGUGGUGUUUUGGGCUAAAAAUGUGAUGAAAACUCUUUUUUGUAAACUUUCUUGGAAUGUGUCACUGAAUUUUGUUUAUUGAACAAAAAUAGAAUGAAUGAAAUGUUAAGGUUGAAAGUUAGUAGAAAAAUGCUAAAAAGUUUUUAAAAUUUGCUGUCACUUACUAGCAACUAAAAAAUUUGUAGUACCAAAAGUUAUUGUAUCAGGAUUUUCUCUGUGUGUGUUUCAGUGGGAUACUUAAUUGUUUUGUUAUUUAAUCAUACAGAUAUUUAUGUGGGUAGCUAUGAUUAUAGAGUGUAUUUUGCAAGUUGGCACAUUUAUUUGUUGUGUUUUGGUGUAUGUCACAAUAUGUUUUUUACAUGGUUUUAUUGGAAUUAUUGGAAUAAGCAUUCCUUAUGGUUAUUGCUGGUGCAUUUGUAUUCUGUUGUAAUACAUUUUUACAUGUUUGUUGGUAAUGUAUGUGUAAUUGUGUGUUUGUGCAUAUGAGAAUAACUCUAUUUUGAAUGACUAUUGUUGAUACAUGUUUACUGUUCACACUAUAACAGUUGUUCAUGUAAUAAAAAUAUUUAUGUAAUCUCAACCACUACUGUGCUUGUCAUAUUCCAACCAGCCUGGUAUUAGGUGAAAGGCCUCAUCAGCACUGGAUACAGCAGAUAUAGUGUGCUUCUAUAAUAAUUUAAAGUAAAUCAUGGAGGCUAUAGAGAGCAUUUUGAAAAACCACAGUGGUCGAGACAGAGUGAUUCGCACGGUGUCUUAUGCAGCUUUAUAUCUAAGUGGAAUAACACAAGGAAAUAUUUCUAGAAAACUGAAAAUAGUUAGUUCUGAACUAAGCCAAUGCAGAACUGUUCUACGACUUUUUGAUGAUCUACCUAUGUUAAAGGUUUCUCUUUCAUAUGGACUAGGAAAAGAAGAGCGUGAUAAACUUUUACGUUUAUUGGGUGUUUUAACCAACAUUGCUGACCAACUUUAUUAUCCAUCAGAACACAUAAGCUGGGCAAGUACAAAAGGUAUCAUCAGUGUGGAUCAGAGCUUUUGGACCACACUAGGGACAUCUUUAUGGGGCUGGUCUCUCUUCUUUGGAGUUGCUGGGUGUUUAAGAAUUCUUGUAAUACUUCGAAAGGAGAAGCAGCUUCUUCUUAAACAGUGUGAAAAAGAAAUUAGAGAAGCUUAUCAUCUUAUAGAACACCAGCAGCUUUUUCACACUAUUGCUCUUAUAAAAUACAUAGCUGACUUGACCAAUGCUAUCAACUGGCUCCCAAGAGGGUUUCUGUGGGCUGGAAAGCUGAAGACUUGGGAAGUUGGGCUUCUGGGAAUGCUUUCAUCUGUACUUAGUCUAAUUCUAUACCUAAGAAAUACAUAACUGAUGAGAGAAACUGGUACAGCAAGUACAUGAAAUUUGAUAAAUAAUAAUUACAUCCUUUAGGCCAUUACUGAAAGCUGUCUAGUUUCUGUUUUGUCAAUUAAAAAGUGUUUUUAUUUUUAUUA